AUGUCCCAGCUUGUCGCUGAGCUUCCUUGGAAUAUCACAAGUUCAGCGAUAUUCUUUUUGUGCUGGUACUGGACCAUUGGAUACCCCACAGGCCGGGCUGGUUACUCCUUCCUCGCCCUCUCCAUCGCCUUCCUGUUCUACUAUACCACACUUGGACAUGCCGUUCUUCGAGCUGAACUGGUGGAAAUGGAUGUACAGGGCCUCCUUGGUCAAGUCCUCCUAGCUGUUGGCAGUCAAACCAUUAUCUGCUCCUCUACGGAACUAGUCUCCGUCAACCUGCCGAUGGGUAUGACUUGCAGCGAGUACAUGGAUCCGUUUCUCAAAUUCGCUGGUGGCUACCUCACAAACCCUGGAGCUGUAGAGGGCUGCCAGUACUGUCCCUACAAGACCACAGACGAGUAUAUGUACUUGAGGUUCAACAUUAAAUAUAGUGAUCACUGGCGAAACCUGGGCAUUGUCUUUGGAUUCGCUGUGUUUAAUAUCAUUGCGAUCUUCUGGCUCACAUAUUCUAUGCGCAUUCGCAGUGUUAGCGUGUUUACUUCUCUUAAGCAGAGGUUAGCUCGUGGCAAAUUUACCAAAUAUACUGAGGUGAUCUGGAUAGACCUUCGCGAUACACCUAGUGAUCCCAUUGCACUAAUUGAGAACUCAAUGCACUACCGUAUCAACUUUGUGGCAAUACUCUGGCAAGCACCUUUACUUAUCCACCUACACACAAUGUUGACGGUCUCAUCUAGUGGUCACGUCACGGAGUGGCUCAUGCAAGCACUGCUCAUGAGCCGAAUAGUUUAA